GGGGUCACUGGGUGGGCGACGGGGAGGCUUUGUCGGUUUUCCCACCAGCGAGCAGCCCCAAGCCCUCGGUGGGCAGCGCCAGCAUAACCCGGUUUUCUCUCAGCUUCCUAAAGAGGCUAACCCUGAAGACCAGCCCAGAGGGAGGUGGGCCCCUCUGGACAGAGCAGCCCUGGAAGCCUGCUGGGACCCCCGCUACUGCUCCUUCCGCGGGGUCUCUGGAAGGCUCGGCACCACCUCAGACGGUCGAAGACCAAGCGUGGUGUGCCGGCGUGGGCCCGCGUUCUCCAUCCCGACCAUACAUCUUCCCACAAGGAUGAACCGCGGGGACCUUACGCUAAGCGAGAAAAGCCAGUCACAAAAGGACGAACUGUCUGAGUCCCCUGGUGCGAAGCUUCUAAAGUCAGAAUCAUAGAAACAGAAAGAGGAACGGGGGUUACAGGGCGGGCGCGGGACCGGCGUGGGGCGUCAGUGGGGCGAGACGGACAAGUUCCGGAGCUCCCUGCACAGCAAUGCAAGCGUGCUUGGCGCUGCUGAACUGUGGGCUUAAAAAUGCCUGGAUGGUAAAUUUAAUGUUAUGGGUUUUUUUUUAAUGAUAAUAAAAUAAAACAAAUUAACGUAAGUCUUUCUCAGUGUUCAACUUCCUUCUGCAGUAGCGACCAGGGACUUUGGAUACUAGUCUCUCUCACAAUAAAAUUCUCUCUCGUUUUCAAAUAGCUAUUUGAAAGCAUUUCAAGUGACUUCUAGCCCGGGGAAAGGAUUCUUUGGCCAGGGAGCAGCGUCAGUCUGCGGCCUGAGUUGCUGAGGCGGGGCUAGGGAAGCCCCCGGAGGGGAUGUGAGACCCGGUAAAGGAUGCCCUAAGGGCGGCUGCAGGAGGACAGGGGCGGGCGGGGGGCAGGCGAAGGUGGACAGUGUCCUCGGGCCCCUGCCUCGGUCUCAGGAAGGCUCUCGGGUACGGGAGGGGCGGAGCUGAGGGCAGCGGGGAGGGGAGGACCCCAUCCCGCCUCGCCGGCCGCGCUCAGAGGCGGAAGGCACUCGUUGCGUCCUGGGGAACCGCCAGCAACCUGCCCAUCGCGCCCGCGCCCUCCUCACGGGUCCUUCCCAGGGGCGCUCCUGCAGCCCGGCCCGGGGCCCCGGCCCCCCAGCCUCAAGCCGAGCCCCGGCUCCCGUUUCCCCACGUCCUGUCAGUAAGCAGUUGCCCGAGGGGCCGCGCCCUUUAGUGACCCUCCGAGGGGACGGCCCCCGGGAAGGUGCGCGCGUGUCCCUCCUAAUCCCGGCUGCGCCCGAGGUUCUCACCCUGUGACGGGGCCUCACUUGUGAACUUCCCGUCCGACUGCGUCUGUGCCUCUCUUGCCAUCAAAACUGCUUCUAGAAACCUCUUCCUCCUCAGGAACAGAAAGACCCAGAGCCUGUCAAGCGGGCCCGCCGCUGCCUCCCCUCUCCGCGGCCCCCAGCCCCCUUAGGAUUCCGUUUGCUCGCAGCUGCUUCCAUGGGGCCAGCAGUGGAGCCGGGGGAGCAGGCUCAGUGUGGGGGUUCUGAGACGGUCACAGGCCAGGGGACAGGACCGAGAAUAAGCAGUGACCUGUGUCUGGAGAGCAAGUCAGAGGAGGGCUGCUCCAUAUCGGAACUGAGGCUUCUCCUCCUAGGGAAACGUGCUGCAGGAAAAAGUGCCACAGGAAACACUCUUCUGGGCAAAGCUGUGUUCGAGUCCAAGUUCAGUGUGCAGAUGGUGACUGAAAUGUGCCGGAAGGAGAAGGGGGCCACAGGAGGGGGGGAGGUUGUGGUCAUCGACACUCCUGACCUUUUCUCUUCGGUAGCUGGUACCAAUGACAGGCAACGCAACAUUGAACACUGCUUGAAGCUCUCUGCUCCCAGUGUCCAUGCCCUGCUUCUGGUAAUUUCCAUUGGCAAUUAUACGGUGGAGGACAAAGAAACAGUCGAGGGCAUCUGGAAGUUGUUUGGAGCUGAAGCCAAGAGGCACAUCAUGAUUGUCUUUACUCGGAAGGAUGAAUUGGGGGAUGACUCCCUGCAAGAUUACAUUGAGAAUGACAGUUCUCUUAGGGAGUUGGUUCGAGACUGUGGACACCGAUACUGCGCUUUCAACAACAAGGCAAGUGAGGAGGAUCAGGCCACCCAGGUGAGGGAGCUCCUUGGCAAGGUCAAGAAUUUGGUGGAUGAGAACCGAGGACCACUUUGCGUGAACUUCAGAAAUGAAGGCAAUGGAUUCCAGGAUUGUGGGAAUGAAGCUACAUCUCAGAAGGAGGACAAUCCACAUGGGCCAGGGGAGAAGCAGCUGCAGGCUACAGGAUGUGAGCCCAACCCUGGAACGCCAGAACUGAAGGUCCUGCUUGUGGGGAAACGUGGGGCUGGAAAAAGUGCUGCUGGAAACAGCCUUCUGGGGAAGCGAGUUUUUGAGACCAAAUUCAGUGAACAGUCAGUAACCCAGACGUUUAGGUCUGAGAGCAGAAUCUGGAGAGAGAGGAAGAUUUCAAUCAUUGACACUCCAGACAUCUCAUCUUCAAAGGGUGUUGGAUCAGAGCUUUCGAAACUCAUCUUUCCAGGCCCCCACGCCUUCCUGCUGGUGACCCCCCUGGGCUCUUUCAGUGAGAAAGAUAAAGCAGUGCUGCGCACCACCCAGAGCAAUUUUGGAGAAGAGUCCUUUCGGUACAUGAUCGUGCUCUUCACCAGGAAAGAAGAUCUAGGAGAUCAGAAUCUAGAGCUGUUCUUAAAAAACGGAAAUAAAGACCUCAACAACAUCAUCGAGAAAUGUGAAAAGAGAUACAGUGCCUUCAACUACAGAGCGACAGGAGAAGAGGAGCAACGCCAGGUGGACGAGCUCCUGGAAAUGAUGGUGGGCAUGGUGCAGCGGAACGGGAACAAGCCCUGCUUCCUCAGAGGAAGAGAGGCCCUGAGCAUUAUCCUUGUGGGGAAGAGUGGGAGUGGGAAGAGCGCGACGGGGAACACCGUUCUCGGGAAGGACAAAUUCUUGUCUCGGCUUCGAGCGCAGCCUGUCACCAAGACGUGCCAGAGCAGAAGGAGGGCGUGGCAAGGGCAGGAGGUCGUGGUUGUGGACACUCCUGUGUUCUGCCUGAUGCCCGCUGCUGAAGGAGGUCCAUCCCAGCUAGAGCAGGAGGUCGAACGCUGUUGGUCCUGCUGUGGACAAGGGAGCAAGAUUCUGGUCCUGGUGCUCCAGCUGGGACGAUUCACUCAGGAGGAUGAAAAGGUGGUGGGGGACCUGGAGGCCAUCUUUGGAGAGGACGUUAUGAAAUACACUAUUGUGCUGUUCACCCGGAAGGAAGAUCUAGUGGACGAGAAACUUGAGGAGUACCUCAAGAACACGGACAACAAAGCUCUUAAGAAGAUAAUUAAAAAGUGUGAGCAGCGAGUUUGUGCCUUUAAUAACAAGGAAACUGGCCAAGCCAGGGAAGACCAGGCAAAAGAUCUUUUGCAAAAGGCCAACGAGCUGAUAGGGAGAAAUGAAGGGCAGGGUUACCCUCAUCACUGGGAGACGGUCAGCAAAAAAAUGAAAAAUGCCCAGGCAAAGCCCAACACCUCAAAAUUACUAAAGAAUUUAAAAGAUAUGUUACUAUAGGUAGCUGAAAUGCCUAGGGUCUCUUUCACUUAGAGACAUCUGAGGUCGAGGGUGGGCAUGGGUGGACUGGUAGGCUGGGAAGAGGGUCCAUGACUUGGAGGGCUGGGGAGGUAGGUGCAUCUCACCCGUGAGGCGGCAGCUCUUUGUACGUAAAUAAAUUGUCAGGCUGCUGCAGGUGGUAGGGGAUUAUAAAGGAGAAAGAAGAGAUAACGUGGGUAAAUCUGGAAAAGGCUUCUGAGGCGAGGCUGAUGUUAAGGGUCAGAAUCAGGUACACGAGUCACCUUACCCGUGUAGGUGGAUUGGAGUCAGGACAGACACCGUGACCAAGGCCGAGGCCAGGCUGCGGCAGAACACAGAUCAUUACUCAAGAACCAGGGGAUCCAGGUAUGUCACAGCAAGGCACUGUCCAGCCAACUCCUGGGCAUGACAAGCUGGAGAAGCUGGACUCCUGUGGGCCUCCCGGUUCCCAGGGCUGCUUGCCAGGCCCGCUAGCCCCUGAGCCUGUCUCCGGUGGGGCAGGACUCAUGGUUAGCAGGUUCCUUUCCGCGUGUGGUGGCCACUCUUUAGUGCUCUCCUCCUUCCAAGCCUGAAUGGAAAGUGGGACCCAGCCUACCCUCCCUUGUUGUCUCUCAGGAAAUGAACACAAGACUGUGAGGUUUCAAAAGAUUUUAUUGCUAAUCAUCACAGUGCAAUACAAUAACACAAAAAUCAGAAGCAUGUAAAAUUGUCAAGAUUAGACAAUCUUGCAACGUUCUAAAAUUCUAACUAUAAUUCUAGAUUUCCUCAAGCAAAGCUUAUGGAAAACCUUUUUGCCCUUUUCUCCUUUUUUAUCCCUGAGGGUUAGGAAUUGGUUAAAACUCAGAGAACUCAAACGAUGAUGGUUUAAACACAUUAGGGGCUUCUUGUGGUUCAUGUCAAGAAGUCCAGGAGUAGGCAGUCUGAGGCCAGUGUAACAUCAACAUUCCAGCUUCAUUGCAUCUCUCUGCCUCAGCUUCACUGGCGUGCAGCCUCCAUACUGAAGGCUGCUUCUUGGUUCCAAGAUGGUGGUGUUCUACCCAUGGCUGAGCCGAUUAUACUGAGAGCUGCCUGAUGUGGUGGUGUAUGAGACGAGAACGAUGGAGUCUUCUUCCUGGUUGAUGUCUGGUCAGAUGUGUUCACUAUUAGCCACUUUACACACGCUUUGAGGACAGAGUCUAUGUCACCUGCUUUUGUUUUUUGAAAGCAGGUUACCUUCAAGAUUAAUCCAUUUAUAAGAAGGUGGACAGUCACCAUUAAUACUUUUGUCCCCUAUAUAACCCUUAAUAUGACAAAUUCUGGAAAAUAUGUGUGUAAAUAUAUUCAGUUGAGUGAAAUAAUAAAGAUGAAUUAUAUUAUAAA